CUUAAAUCUAUGUGGAUAAAACGUAAUAUAAGUUUUUUUUAUAGUGUAUGGGCACUUAACAUUAACAGUAAUAAAAUGCAGUUUAAGUACAGCAGCCUUUGUUCUCGGUGACAUUCAUACAAUCUUCAGUAUCACUGGAGAAAAUAAGUUUAUUUGACUGAAUAUUAAAUUCCACUAACAACAAUCAUGGUCAGCCUUAAAUCAACAUUCAAUCUCUUUUUCGGGUGUUGUUUAAGUGCAUUUUUAAUGGAAAUAAUGAUCUCUAAAAAUCCAAAUUGCGCAAAUUUAGUAACAUUCCUCCAAUUUCUUUGUAUAACUUUACAUGGAUUGCUGAAGAUCAAACACAAAGUGUUUACACCUAAAAUACCUCUUGGGCAAUAUUUUGUUCUUAUUAGUUUGUUUUUUGUAACUAGUGUGGCAAAUAAUUUUGUGUACGCUUUGCAUGUAGCAUCCACACUUCAUAUGAUAAUCAGGUCAGCUUCAUCACCAGCUAGCAUGUUAGUUGCAUGGUUCGUAAAAAACAGAGUGCCAAAAGUCAAUGCAAUAAUUGGGUCUGUUAUAAUUUCAAGCGGUGUUACUAUUGCAAUGUAUGGCGGGGCUAAAAUAAUUGAAGAAGAAACUAAAUUCCUACAUUGGUGUAUUGGUGUUGUGAUACUGUUGACAACUCUUAUUACUGGUGCUUUUACUGGCCUACAGCAAGAAAGAUUGUAUGCCACAUAUGGCAAAUUUCCUGAAGAGAUGCUGUUUUACACACAUGCAAUACCUCUACCCUUGUUCCUGAUAAUAAUGCCAGAGUUAGGUGCAAUUGCACUUAGUCUUCCAUCAUACUUGUGGUAUAUCCUAGUUUUAAACAUUAUAGCACAAUUUUACUGUGCGAAUUCCGUCCACAUUUUGGGCACUAAGGAAUCAUCAGUCACAGUAACUUUUAUAUUGACUGUGAGAAAGUUUGUUUCACUUAUAAUUUCAUCUGUAGUUUUCAAGAAUAGUUUGACAAUUUAUCAUGUAGUUGGAACAGUACUUGUAGUAAUUGGAACUUAUUUUUAUUUCUUUGUUAAUAAGCAACAACCACUUAGUAGUUCUAAGAAGAAAUAGUAAUAUUUUAUACAAUAUAUUUUUUAAAGAUCUGAUUUUGAUAAAUGAAUACCUUGUAUUGAAUUUAUUUUGUCGAAUUUGUUUAUUUUGUUUAUACUGAAUAAAACUAUUGUUUUAUAUUAUAUAAAUUUUUUAAUUAAAAUUCCUUAACUUAAGUCCCUACUUAAAAAGAUUACAGAAUGUAUAAUAAUAAAAAUAUACAAUAACACUAAUGUACAAAAAGAAAUUGAGUUAUAGUAGCUAUAAACAAGGAAAUGAUAUCUUUAAAUAACUCUCACACACAUUUUUGCUCUAGUUCAAAACCAUGGUCCAGUUCAACAAAUCACUUGUCAUCUUUUCAGUAUCUGAAAGUAAAAAAAUAUUAAUAAAUAAAAGUCUGUUGAUAUUUAGAAGCAAUUGUAAAUUAUAUUUACCAUAGGUUUGUACUUUACUACUGACUUCAUAACAUAUCUUACUUUAACUAAACUUUUAUUAGGAAGUACCAGUUUGAAAUACCCAAUUGGUUUCCAGUAUUCAAUCCUUGUAUUUAUUAUCCUAACAAAAUAUUUUAACUCUUUCUAUAAUUUGAAGAAUCAUUGCUCAGAUGUUGAUGCGCUAACAUACCUGUUCCUACUAUUUGAUCUGCUACGUGGCUCAAUGGAGCGCCUUGGUGACGGUGACCGACGGUAGGGGCUAUUAUACCUGCUCUUGCUAUCUGAGCGGCUGCGACGAUCACGGGAACGAGACCGGCGAACAGACGGUGACCGACGGCGCACGGAGGGUGACCGACGAGGUGAGCCUGAUCUGCCACGCGAGUAAGAACGCCGUCGUGGACUGCGACUGCGGGUUCUGGAGAAAUAACAUUUUAUAUACAGGUAUAUCAUUAUAAAACCUUGCUGCUCUGUAAUAUGUGGACUAUUAUAAAUUGUAUUUAGUGACAUCAAAAAUUGUUUUUAUGGAUUAGAUAAGUAUUUCAUUAAUUAAAGCUCAUCUUAUAACGUUAUCAACCAUUUCUCUUCACUAUCAGUAUGAUACAUUAAGAGAUCUAUGUUUAGAUACUAACAUCCUGUAAUGACCACUAGGCAUACAGGCUAGGCAGUGCUAAG